AUGAAAUUAUUAUUCUUUCUUUAUUUUUGUCUGCUUUCGAUAAGAGUAGAAUCACUUCGUUUGAUAGCCAUUGGACAUCGCCAGUCAAUUGAUGCAUCUGUAACUUAUGAGACAUGGUUUAAUCAGUUUAAUCGUACGGAUUUAUAUGACUUGAAAUCACAUGACUCUACAAUUAUUGUUUUUGGUGAAUCAACUGGAUUUACGGCAGCUUUUAUUGGUACACGUGGUCAACAUGCUCGUACACAAUCAGGAACAAUUCAAGAUGCAUUACUCUCAUUAAUGCAAUCUUAUGAAAAACAAAUGACAUCGUAUUUGAUAAAAUAUCCAAAUAUUUCAAUGAUAAACGCUCUAGAAUUAUCUUUGAGUGAUGUUAUGUGGAGAUCAUUCAAUCAAACGUUUUCAUCUUUAUCUCGAUCACUAAAUGCUACUAUUGUUUCAGCUACAAUAGGUCCAAGACUAAUGCGAUCAACAGAUCCGAAAGAUAUUGAAUUUUAUGGUGAUCCUGAUCUUUAUCCAAAUCAAACAGAAGUCUAUCUACCAUUAACAAAAGAAAUUUAUAAUACAGCUCAUGUUUAUGCACCCAAUGGUAGUUUGAUUGCUAGUCGUGAUAAAUGUCAUUUAACUCCAGCAGAGAUUGAAUUAUUACAAUUAGUACCAGGAAAACUUGAAGAUAAUCGAGUGAUUGAACCGAAUAAUUUAUGUAUAGCCAUCUGUAUAGAUGCAUUUUAUUCAAAUGUUUUAUCAUAUCUCGAUUCUCAAAAUUGUACUAUACUCAUUCAACCAUCAUUCAAUGCACAAAUGUGGGCAGCAAAUGUAUCCGCUACAUCUGCAAUAUGGCAACCAUCGGAUUGGGCAUACGGACCAUUAGGUCUAUUUAAAAAAACACAAAAUAUUCAAUUUUCUAUCAAUCCAAUGGUUACAGGAAAUUUAUUUAGUGAUAUGAUUGUUGAUGGACAAUCUACAAUAAAUCAACGUUCAUCAAAAGAAAACCAAUCACAAAACAAAACUUCUGAUCUAUAUAUUGGUCUGGAUUGGAUUGAUGUACAGGACAUCGAUCAAUUUCAAACUCUAGUAAUGUCUAAAUGGGCGCGAGACGAUCCUAGGGAUGGAAAUUUAACAAAAUCCGAAAGACGACAAUUACUUCAUCAAUAUGCUCAAGAAUUAGCUCCAAAUUCAAAAUCAACAAAUGAAAAUAAGUAUGCAGACACAGUUAUCUGGACUGAUGUAAUAAUUUAG